AUGGGGGGACGGGAUGAGGGGGAGGUGGAGGGGGGUGAGGUGGGGAGGAGGGAGAGGGAUGGGAAGAGGAGACGUUUGAAAGAAGGAGCGGGAGAGUGGGAGGGAAGGUGGAGUGGAGGAUUGAGGGGGAGGCGGCUGAAGGGAGAAGAGGAGGGUACGGGGGAGGGGGAGGGGGGGCUGAACGGGGAGGUUAAGAAGGCCGAUGGGGGAAAGGAGGAGGGCGAGGGUGAGGGGAAGGUGGAGGAGAAGGGCGAGGGGAAAGAAGAGGGGAAGGAUGAGGAUGAGGACUCGAAGGCGAAGGGGGAAGGGGGAGGGAAGAAUGGGGAGGCGAUGCCAGAGGAGUGGCGGCGGUUCUACGAGGCACUGCCCAAGGUGGUGGACGCGGAUGGCAAUGAGAACCGAUGGAAGAUGCCCAUUUGGGUCUCCCUGGCCGUCAACAUGUGCGUGUGUGCUGUGGUAGGCAUGUGCGUGUGUGCUGUGGUAGGCAUGUGCGUGUGUGCUGUGGUAGGCAUGUGCUUGUGUGCUGUGGUAGGCAUGUGCGUGUGUGCUGUUGUAGGCAUGUGCGUGUGUGCAUGUCUGUAA